CUGCGCGCCGAGGUGGGGCGGCCCCAUUGUGCGGCGCUGAGGUAACGCCGCGGCCCUUUCUGCCGGCCAUGGAGAACGGCGACGGCGUGGGGGCGAACUCUGCCCCCUCGGGGCUCCCCGCCGGGCUCUCGGCCUCCCAGCGCCGAGCCGAGCUGCGGCGGAGGAAGCUCCUGAUGAACUCGGAGGAGCGAAUCAAUCGCAUCAUGGGCUUCCACCGCCCCGCGGCGGGCAAGGGUGAUGAAAGUCACACGGAAUCCAAGCUGCCGCUGGAACAGGAGAAAUCGAACUCCCUUCCCAUCCCUUCUGUUUCCAAGCGAAUUGUGCUCGGGGAUUCUGUCUGCCCCGGGGCAGGCGCAGCCGAGCACGCCGGGGGCGUGCUGGACCUCAGAGGGGAGAAGGACUUGUUCGGUAAAGCCCCGGAGCUGGGCAGCGAGGGGCCGGGCGAGCUCCGGCCCCGCGGCAGGGGGGACCUGCCGUCUGAGGCGGCCCCGCGGCCCCCUAGGCACGGCUUGGAGCAGUACUUGUCCAGGUUCGAUGAAGCCCUGAAGCUGAGGAACCAGCUGAUGCACGAGAAGCCGAGCCAGGAGAACGGGAACGCUGCAGAGGAGUUCGACUCGUUCCGCGUUUUCCGGCUGGUGGGAUGCGCCCUGCUGGCCGUCGCCGUCAGGGCGUUCGUCUGCAAGUACCUGUCAAUAUUUGCACCCUUUCUUACUCUACAACUUGCUUACAUGGGGCUCUCCAAGUACUUUCCAAAGUGUGAGAAGAAGGUGAAAACCACCGUGCUGACUGCUGCUCUGCUGCUGUCUGGGAUCCCUGCAGAGGUGAUCAGUCGCUCCAUGGACACCUACAGCAAAAUGGGAGACGUUUUCACAGACCUCUGUGUCUACUUCUUCACCUUCAUCUUUUGCCAUGAACUGGUUCUGGUUUUUGGUUCUGAAGCACCCUGAGGGCUGUAGAGCUCAACCCAGUAGCUGCACUAAAGCUUUCUGGACCAUAUUCCUUUCAUGUCUGGCUGUGCAGACAGAUUUAAACCUUCAUUAAAACCCUUUGCCUGGUGGAAUGCUUGAGAGGAGCCUUAAAUCCAGGCCUGCUGGGAAAGGGUGAGCAGGGUCCCAGGCUCAGCUGUGUUGGUUCUGUUUAUUUAAAUGCUGUGUCUGUCUAUUGCAAAUGUGAAGACUAAGAUGUGUCAGUGGAUGACUUGUUUGGUUUAGUUAGGUGAUGCUGUUUCAGCCUCCUUCAUAAACAUUCUUCAAACUGUUCUCUUCAGUGAGAACAAAGAGAAUUCCUUUUAGCAGCACCAUCUGUGUGUGUGGCCAUAGCUCCAGAGUGACUGUAGCUGACAGGAGCUGCUCAUUCUGUGGUGUUGCCCUUUCUUAAGAAAUCUCUCAAUAAAAGAAAUCCUUUUAUCCUCUUGUCCAGAUCCAGAGCGUGGAACCAAGCUGCUGCUUCAGGAGAAGGCUGGUGAAACAUGCAUUACUUGUGCUUGUGAUGAUUAUAGUGCAAAGCAGCUAAGCAAAGCCCAGCAAACAAGCCCUGUUGCUUCUGGAUGUCACUGGCUGGGAAGCAGGAGGAAACAACAUGGUGAAUCUCACCCGCUGGGGAGUGUCCAGCAGCCUGAGCCCCGUGGAGCUCUCAUGUGAGCUACACACAGCAACCAUUCUGAUGCCUUUUGUUAUGUAGCUGCUCAUUUCAUGGGGGGAGAGUUGUGUGUGUUGGCAACCAGCAGUAUCAAAUGUUUCCUCUGGCAUAUGUAAAGCUUCAAGGGAACUAGGAGCUUUUCUAGCUCCAUGCUGGGUGGCAAAGCAAACUACUAUGGCGUUCAUGUCUGCAGUUGUCUCUUAUUGCCAGACACUUGCAUGGAAACAGGAUCUAACUGCAGAGGGAGGAGCUGUGGAGUGCUCCAGCACUCUCUGAGCAGGGCUGUUGGUGUGUUUUGGUGUGCUUCAGGAGCUGCCAGUAAACCACAGCAGCCAUUCCUGUUUACAUCUCCUAUGCUGCAAGUGACAGUGAAACAGAGCAUAGUGGCUUGGAGUUGACUCUUGCUUGAAGACAUCCAGAGAGGUGGGAGCUGACCCAUCCCUGGAACAGCAGGUCAGGUUGGUUGGGGCUCUGAGCAACCUGCUGUAGGUGCAGCUGUCCCUGCUGAGUGCAGGGGCUUGGACUGGAUGAGCUUCAAAGGUCCCUUCCAACCCAACCCAGUGCAUGCUCUAGGUACGGAGGGAGAAGGACAUUUGGCAUCCCAUGGCUGCCCAGACAGGGAGGUGCAGUCUAGCACAGAUGAAUCCUGUUGCUGGAUGGAGUCACAAGCCUGUGACUGCUCUUGUCAGACUCCUAGGAAUUCUGCACCUGGGAGGGAGGAAUUGUCAUUGCAGAGGGCUUCAAUGCCCUUAGUCUGUGAAGUGGCCACUGAAGUUACAUUUGGUGUUAGCUUCACCUUGCAGCUUUCUGUUUGGAAUCUGGACUGUCAGGUGAUCUAGGCCAAGGCCUCUCAUUAGCAGAGAGAAACUUCUCUUGGUGUUUGUCUGCAGGCUUUUUCAGGGCCAGGGGGAGCAGAAGCGUUCAGUGAUGCCUGUUCAAAGAGCUUCACGCUGAAUGUUCCUGCGAAAGCUUCCUGCCACGAUUCCAGUGCUGCCUUCCUGCCUCCCAGGCUGGGUAGCUGCUUGUUUGUGGCAUGGAAGCAGGGAGCUUGUUUUCAUCUGACAGGAUUUUGUCUUUGUAGUGGUUAUUUCCUCGUGUUAUUUUAACAGCUGUCGUGUUAGAGGCGGCCAGGGCUGGGCUGCAGAAGAUUCUGACGUAGGUCUAUCAGCACCAACCCUGGCUCCAA